ACCCCUCUAGUCGUAGGAUCUCUAUGAGAUGGACAGGCAGCCAGUAGUGUUUCUAGUUUAGCGACAUGGUUUUUGAAUGAUUGCCCAGCCAACCAAACUACUAGCAUGAACUGCUGCUUGGGAUGCAAGUAUUAUAGUUAGCGACUUUUCAAUAUCUCAAAUCGGACAUCAACUGUGCCCAAAUAUACGACUGGUGAGGCUGUGAGCGAACAAGGGAGUGUGUGUGUGUGAGAGAUACUGACAGAGGGAGUGGUCGUCAUGGCAGCCGAGGCGCAGAGACAACGUUCUCUGUCUACAUCAGGAGACUCGCUCUACCUGGUCCUGGGGAUCGACAAGAACGCUUCACCAGAGGACAUCAAGAAGUCCUACAGGAAACUGGCUCUGAAGUUCCACCCAGACAAGAACCCAGACAACCCCGAGGCCGCUGAUAAGUUUAAGGAAAUCAACAACGCCCACGCCAUCCUGAACGACUGCACCAAGAGGAACAUCUACGACAAGUACGGAUCCCUGGGACUGUACGUGGCCGAGCAGUUUGGAGAGGAGAACGUCAACACCUACUUUGUCCUCUCCUCCUGGUGGGCCAAGGGCCUGUUCAUCUUCUGUGGCCUGGCGACUGGCUGCUACUUCUGCUGCUGUCUGUGCUGCUGCUGUAACUGCUGCUGUGGGAAGUGUAAACCGCAGCCGCCUGUGGACCAGGAACCAGAGUUCUACAUCUCCCCUGAAGACCUGGAGGCACAGAUGCAGUCUGACGAGAGAGACGUUGGUGGUGACCCCAUCAUGAUGCAGCCGUCCGGAACAGAGACCACCAGGCUGACGUCAGACAACCACUCCUCCUACCGGACCGACACCGGAUACAACUAAACCCCCUGUACCCCUACCCUCUACACCGGAUACAACUAAACCCCCUGUACCCCUACCCUCUACACCGGAUACAGCUAAACCCCCUGUACCCCUACCCUCUACACCGGAUACAACUAAACCCCCUGUACCCCUACCCUCUA